GCCACGACUCGCUACACUUUGCCAGUCGAGCAUACGCGGCCACCUUCGUUCGUGUGCACUUGCUGAGUGAGAGGCUGCUCGGCCUGACGGUGUGGUGUUUAUUCUCGGGAAUCUUGUGAAGGAACGUCACUCGUUCCGCAGUGCUCUCAGGAAAGUCGCAUCAACACAGCGAAGAUGGGAUUCAAGUUUCUCGAAGUGAUCAAGCCAUUCUGCAGUAUACUGCCGGAAAUAGCGAAGCCGCAGAGAAAGAUUCAGUUUAGAGAAAAGAUGCUAUGGACUGCAAUCACAUUAUUUAUUUUCUUAGUAUGUUGCCAGAUUCCAUUAUUCGGUAUUAUGUCUUCGGACAGUGCGGAUCCCUUCUAUUGGAUUCGUGUGAUACUCGCAUCGAAUAGAGGAACAUUGAUGGAAUUGGGUAUCUCUCCAAUCGUUACUUCUGGUCUUAUCAUGCAACUGUUAGAUCGCGCAAAGAUCAUUGAAGUUGGUGAUACUCCAAAAGAUAGAGCGUUAUUCAAUGGAGCACAGAAGUUGUUUGGUAUGGUUAUCACUGUCGGACAAGCUAUUGUUUAUGUAAUGACUGGGAUGUAUGGAGAUCCUACGGAAAUCGGAGCUGGCGUUUGUCUCCUAAUUAUUAUCCAAUUGUUCGUCGCUGGACUCAUCGUAUUGCUAUUGGACGAGCUGUUGCAAAAAGGAUAUGGAUUAGGAAGUGGAAUAUCGCUCUUCAUUGCCACCAAUAUCUGCGAGACCAUAGUUUGGAAAGCGUUUUCGCCAGCCACAGUCAAUACUGGUCGUGGUACAGAAUUUGAAGGAGCCAUAAUCGCUCUGUUCCAUUUACUGGCCACCAGACAAGACAAGGUCCGAGCUCUCCGUGAGGCGUUCUACAGGCAAAAUCUUCCGAAUCUAAUGAAUCUUCUCGCUACUAUUCUGGUGUUUGCUAUCGUUAUCUACUUCCAGGGCUUCCGUGUGGAUCUUCCGAUCAAGUCCGCUAGAUACCGCGGCCAGUAUAGCAGCUAUCCGAUCAAGCUGUUCUACACCAGCAACAUCCCGAUUAUCUUCCAGUCGGCUUUGGUGUCCAAUCUAUAUGUUAUCUCUCAGAUGCUCGCCGUCAAGUUUCAAGGCAAUCUCAUAGUAAAUCUGUUGGGCGUUUGGUCAGACGUCGGCGGUGGCGGUCCAGCCAGAUCAUAUCCAGUCGGCGGAUUAUGUUACUAUUUAUCACCACCGGAAUCGGUCGGUCACAUCGUUCAAGAUCCCGUCCAUGCUGUGCUGUACAUUCUCUUUAUGCUUGGCUCGUGCGCCUUCUUCUCAAAGACGUGGAUCGAAGUUUCCGGAAGCUCGGCGAAGGAUGUCGCCAAACAACUGAGGGAACAGCAGAUGGUGAUGCGAGGCCACAGGGAUAAUUCCAUGAUCCGCGAGCUGAACCGUUACAUCCCGACUGCCGCGGCGUUCGGUGGACUAUGUAUCGGCGCACUCUCUGUAUUGGCGGAUUUCUUGGGCGCGAUCGGCUCCGGUACCGGUAUCUUACUCGCUGUCACAAUCAUAUACCAGUACUUCGAGAUCUUCGUUAAGGAGCAAAGUGAAAUGGGUGGCAUGAGCACGUUACUCUUCUAAACUUAAUCCACGUAUAGACUUGAAAAGUGAACUUUUUUAAUUCUAAAAAGAACUGAAUAAUAAUUUAUUGUAAAGUAAGUCGAGUUGACAGCAUGCGUGCGUGUGUGUGUCAAGCAUACACAGCGAGAUGAUAGACACACGCACCGGUACGCCAGCUGAAGGGUCCCCGCGUUAUACAUAUAAAGUCACAAACAUACACAUACACUCACAUAUAUUUCACUGACUUACUAUUGAUACCGUUGUCGAUGAUACUCUGCUCAAGAAAAAUUAUACAGUGAUACUUUCCAGAAGGAACAAAAGGCUCUUGUGUGCGCCUUCCUUACGCGGAAUCUGUCAAUGUGACCGUUGACACGACAUACUUUAAAAUCUGCCCCUGGAAAAUGAUACUUGUUUUAUAUUGCACUUAUGAGUGAAAACUUUUGUUUAUACGUUAAAGAAGAGAGCGUACCGUUUAUUUUUACAUUAAACUUUAAGAAUUCUACGUUACGUCGAACGAUACGUGAAGAUAUAUCGACCUUUAAGGAAUAGAUACACUGACAAAGUAUAAAGAGGAGGAGUGAGAAAGAGAAAGAACUUGGACGUAACAUUGAAAUGCUCGUGAAUGCAAAUACGGAAGAUAUCCCGCGAAAUACUUCGUACUUGCGUGCAACAUGUUGUAUCUCAUACAACGAGCAGUGUACAUAUAGUAAGAAAGUAACUGAAUAUUUUCAUCAUUUUUUACUAGCGUUUCUGGCUCUGCGGGACGCACAGAGCCACAUGAAGACUCAACGGCGCGCGAGUAAGAUCGCGACGUUCGUAUGAAUUAAAACGUUGGCGUAGUCAUUUGUCAGGACGAGACACCCACCUAGGGUAAUUCGUGCAGCAAUCCGAACAGCGUUCGUUCAUCUUAGGCACCGUCAUUCCUGUAUUGAUAUAAUGAUAACAAAGUAAAUUAAUAUGUUUCUUAUAAUAUGUAUCUAGGAGAGAAUGUGCUUUUAUAAAAAUUAAAAUCUACUUUUUUUUUUUCGUCUUCCUUGUUUCAUCCCUCCCCAUAGAUUCUGUCGGCAUUUUGUCACACGCUAUGGUUCUACUCACUCGAGCGAUAUUUGCGUUUGAGGAUCGUAGAUCAGAUUUUUAAUUCCAUAUGCGGGCAGAUAACGGCUAAGUAUGAGGAAUUACAACGGGGAAUUGUACGAUGAUUGAAUAUAUCGUAAAAAAAGAAAAGAUCCAUACGUUAUGUGUAAUACGUUAUAUAUCUAAAGAAUAAUUGUAUACAAGAAACUAGUAAAGAUUACUUCCUAUUUUA